AUGGUUUUGCUAGCGGUGAUUGGAGGGUACAUCAUAACAUCCCUCAUUCUGUUGAAGUAUCCCAAUCUUAUUCAUAAAAAGAAACAUUUAAAGUUCAGAGCAAAACAUAUCAGCCAUCGAGGAGGGGCUGCUGAAAGGUUGGAGAACACAAUGGAAGCUUUUGCAUAUGCAGAGAAAGUGGGCACGGACAUGUUUGAGCUGGAUUGUCACCUGACCAAAGAUCUGCAGGUGGUGGUGUCUCACGAUGACCACCUGAGGCGUACCUGCGGCUCCCAGGUUCAGAUAUCUCAGACUCUAUACAAAGAUCUUCCAAAGCUGCAGGAUGGCAUCAAGGUGGAUUUUUACCAGACACUGAGAGGCAGAGGAGAGGACAGAAGGAUACCGUUGCUGAAGGAAGUCUUUGAUGAGUUUCCUCACAUGCCUAUUAACAUUGACAUCAAAGUUGAUGAUGAUCUGCUCAUACAGCAGGUGAACGACCUAGUGAAACAGUACAACAGAGAGGAGAUCACAGCUUGGGGAAGCCGAUCCGAUGUUGUGUGUCAGAAGCUGUAUAGACUUAAUCCCCGGGUGCCCUUGUUCUUCUCCAUGCGUAGAGUGAUCCACCUGAUGCUGCUCUUCUGGACAGGUCUGCUUCCCUUCAUCAGCAUCAAGGAAUCCCUGCUGGAAAUCAUCAUGCCGGGCAUCUUACUGUCUUCAGAAGGCAUGUUUGAGGUACCCGUCAGCUCAAAGGCUCGAUUCAUUUUUUGGCUUUUGGACAAAUUGUUGAUGCGACCGGCUCUGAUUAAACACCUGGAUAAGCGCGGCAUACAGACUUACCUUUGGGUGCUGAACAGAGAAGAAGAUUUUGAAAGAGCCUUCAAACUUGGAGCUGCAGGGGUCAUGACAGACAGGAUCCUGUUGCUGAAAGAUUAUUUGGAUAAGACUGGGCAGCAGAGAGGUCAGGGCGAGAACCUCAUACCACCACGAUGUGUAUAG